GACCACCGAAACAGAAAAGAUGAUAUGAGCAGCGGCAAAAGCUUGCGCUUCUACCCGAGCCGCUUCUACCAAGCCUCAGCAACCUUCAACGCAUGGGUGAAGCUCACGAUCGCGGGCGUGCACGCUCUCCGCGCGCCGCCCAACUCCGGAGAGCAAGCCAUCUCGGGCCUCGGUAACUUCGCAGACCAGUACCAGAUCUUCUACCACCAGAACCAUCCCGUCCGCUUCGUCCGCGUCGUCGGCACCGUCAUCGCCAUCGAGGAUAUCAGCUCGCGGUUCGCACUGCUGACGCUCGACGACGGCAGCGGCGCCACCAUCGAAGUCAAGAUCACGCGGCGCCUGCCCGACGUCCCCUCUGACGGCAAGAGAUACUCAGACCCAGCUGCUCCGCUGUCGCCCGAAUGCCCCUCAAACACCACCGUCGACAACGUCGAGAUCGUCAGCGAGAUUGGCGUUUUCGCCGUCCUGAUCGACGGGCACGCCGUCGAUAUCGGCACCGUGCUGAAGACAAAGUGCACCCUCACCGCGUUCCGCAACACGCACCAGCUGAUGCUGCAGCGCGUGGCUGUGGUGCGCAACACGGCCGAGGAGGCGGCGUGCUGGGCCGACACGGCGGCGUACUAUGCGGCUGUGUUGGCGAGGCCGUGGCACCUUACGGAUGAGAAGGUGGCCGCGUUGGACAAGAAGUUGCGGCGGGAGGAGCGCAAGCGCAAGGACGAGGAACGCCUGUAUGAGAAGAAGGUCGCGGAGAGGCAGAGGCGCAAGGAUCAGUGGAGGAAGGAGGUUGCGGAGAAAACGAGGGUUGCUGAUGAGAAGAUGGAGAGGAAUAGGAGGAAGGAGGAACUCAUUAUGAAUAAGGGUGCUUUGAUAUAGCUUCUUAGGGAGUCUUGUGUUGUGUCGGUGGGUACGUCUUUCUUUGACGGCCAUUUCUUGAUUGUCGGCGAGCCAAGGUACUUCAAAAUACCAGCUGCAGC